GCGCAGGCGCGCUGGCCGGGGCCGCGAUGGCAGGUGCAGGGUCGGGGCUGCCGGCGCUGCUGCUGCUCUCGCUGUGCGCGGCCGUCACCCGGGGCCUCUACUUUCACAUCGGCGAGACCGAGAAGCGCUGCUUCAUUGAGGAGAUCCCCGAUGAGACCAUGGUCAUCGGCAACUACCGCACCCAGAUGUGGGACAAGCAGAAGGAGGUCUUCCUGCCCUCGACCCCCGGCCUGGGGAUGCACGUGGAGGUGAAGGACCCCGACGGCAAGGUGGUGCUGUCCCGGCAGUACGGCUCCGAGGGCCGCUUCACCUUCACCUCCCACACCCCCGGCGACCACCAGAUCUGCCUGCACUCCAACUCCACCCGGAUGGCGCUCUUUGCCGGCGGCAGGCUGCGCGUGUACCUAGACAUUCAGGUGGGGGAGCACGCCAACAACUACCCUGAGAUCGCGGCCAAGGACAAGCUGACAGAGUUGCAGCUCCGAGCCCGCCAGCUGCUCGACCAGGUGGAGCAGAUCCAGAAGGAGCAGGAUUACCAGCGGUAUCGUGAAGAGCGCUUCCGCCUGACCAGCGAGAGCACCAACCAGAGAGUCCUGUGGUGGUCCAUCGCGCAGACGGUCAUCUUCAUCCUCACUGGCAUUUGGCAGAUGCGUCACCUCAAGAGCUUCUUUGAGGCCAAGAAGUUGGUGUAGUGCCCUCUCUGUGAGCCUCCCUUCACCUCAUUUUGGUACUGUUCCUCACCUGAUACCUUACCCACAGGGAUACUGAGGGGGGAAUCUGGAAAAAAAAAAAAGAAAAAAGAAAAAAGGGACAUAAGGCUCCUUGGUUCCAGGGCUCCCAGCACUUUGCCCAGCCACUGGCUAGCAUUGGUUCUCCAGGACACAGGGCAGGGGCCCAGGCUUUCAAAGAUCCCUCCUGGGUUCUGAGCCGUCUCCUCCCUGCCACCUGUGAUUCGCCUCCAUCUUAUUACAAAAUGAGCAAAUGAAAAAAAAAAAAAGACCCUUUCUCCUUUCCUUUUCUACUCACACAGUAGAUAAAUGAAGUAUCCCACCAGAGGGCCUCGCUCCCCAGCCUGCCCCUAUUCACUCAGUGACUGUGAAUGUAAAUAAGGGGCAGGACCUGGCUCCCAAAGAUGGCAAUGUUUUUCUAUAUAUUAGAACUAUAUUUUGAUAAAUCCUGUUUUCCUUCUUAGUUGAAGUGACCCUGGCCUGUGUGACGAGUGGAAACACCAAUACUGUUCCCUCUAGUCUUAGCCAUGCCCUUUUAGUCACUACUGUGGUAGCUGGCAAGAUUUUCACAGGCUGUGGGUCCCCAGGGGACAUCAUAGGUUCUUUGGGGGCUGGAGAGGUAGCACAGCGAGGAGGGUGCAUUUGCCUUGCACGCAGCUGACCCAGAUUUGAUUCCCAGCAUCCCAUAUGGUUCCCCCGAGCACUACCAGGAGUAAUUCCUGAGUGCAUGAGCCAGGAGUAUCCCAAGCAUUGCCAGGUGUGACCCCCAAAAAAGCAAAAAAAAAAAAACCCACAUUUUUUUGGAGCCCUUUUGGAGGGCAGAGCUGAGACCCUGGUGAUAGCUGGGAUGCCCAUCACACAGCCUGAGAACACGAACAAACAGUGCCAGCUAGCAUGAGGCAGAUGUGCCAGCCUCCGUCUCCCUUAAAUCUUUAUUUGAGCCGUGGUAAAUGUUGUCUUCACAGGAGCCAGAUCCGUUCCUUAUACAGAUUUUACCAGUGAAAUAAAAGGUGUUGCAGUA